AUGAUCCUGGUGGACACCAUGUAUGGCCUCCAUGAAGCAACAGCAGAAGCGACCAAAUACGACAUGGACCCUGAAAUUUAUGAUUCGCAGGGGAGAUUUAAUUACACAGAGCACUUGAACUUCUACCAAGACGCAAUGUACUUUAUGAGAAGAAUCCGCCAGUCGCACAAGAGACUCGUCAGCUUUGAACAAGAUCGUCAGGAGAAGAUUGACGCGGAUCUCAAAGCGAGACGAGUUCGGCCGCGGGAGUCUGCAACUACCAAGGAAAUCAGCACGAAGGCGUUUCUGAAAGGGGAGCCGGCCAAGGUGAUGCAGGUCGACUGGGAUGCCUUCACUUGUGCCAAAGGAGAGACCGAGACGUCUAUAAUGACGCCUAUGGAAAUCAUUACUGGCGAACCCGAAUCUCAAACAAUCCUCCUGCUCAACGAUACCCGGAAACAAAGCAAGAAACCAAACUUAACGCCGCUGCGACAGGAUGAACGGGUUUUACCAACGCGGGAACUCUUACUACAGCAGCCCUUGCCCGAGAGAAUUAAAAUUCACUCAGAGGCUUUGGUAGACGUCUUCUUACGGGUCACCAAGAGCGGCGCGUGGCCAGUGGCAAGAGACGGCUCGUUCGUUUUCUUACGACCAUAUCAUUACUUGGUUCACUACCAAAGCCAACUGCGAGACCGUCUCGCCACCCUCGAGAAGUUAUAUGAGAACUAUAACGGAACAGAGAGCAAACAGGUUGUGAAAAAUGGCGCCGAGAAAUCGUCGCCAAACGAAGAAUGGGAAAAGGAGACGAAGCAUAACUCAACGGGCGACAAACGAGACAUUGGCGAUGACGGCGUUGACGACGAGGCGAAUCGAACCGACCAAGACGUAGAAGAUCCCGAUUCAUCAGCAUGGGGAACCUCAAUCACCGCCCUUCUACACUUACGAUGUCUUAUCCAGUUCAUAGACACGGAAAUUGAGCCCAAGCGGAAUUACAUUAACAGCAGCCAAUGCACCCGCAUUCACUUCCACGACUUGUGGUACCUCUUCAAGCCCGGAGACAAAGUUAUAAGCCAAGAGGAGAGGCAGGUAUACGUGGUUCUAGCCGUCCAGACUCCAUAUCACAAAGUCGAGGGGCUAUGGCAGCGUUGGAAUCGGCCGCGGGUCGUAGCAAAGAAUUCAGAAUCUGAUUCGGACGGCGGGAAUGAUGAGAAGGACGGAGAUGACAACCCGUUUAUACUCUCUUGUGCCUACAUCGACUUCGAUGGCAAAGCUUUUGGUCCUGUCGCAAAGAAGUUCAAUAUCUCCCCGUUCGGAGAGCUCAAGUCGAUCAAAUCUCUCCCAGUCUACCCGCUUCGAUACGCUCGAGACCCGCAAGCCCAACAAAACAUUGCCUUGAGAGGCCAGAUGCUGUUGGACGUGGCCAAGUUCAAGGCCAUGUACUACGUAGGAGCCACGCUGGAUAACAGGGAUGAGAUUGACAGCCAAGUCGUCAUCGACUUCAACGAAGCACUGGCCGACGAGGACCGAAGAAAGGCUUGGGAGCCCAAGAUAGCGCCCCCAAGUACCACGAUGAGAUACCCAGGAGAAGUGCCUAAUCUACGGUGUUCGGGACUCUGCUGUGUUGAGCAGUCAGUGCAUCUAGGGUAUUUUGUCGACCUUGAGAUGACCGAGAACUAUGUUAAGACGUUGAUACCCGCGAACUCUCUACAAUCGCCCUCCCUUCUCCUGUCCCCAAGGUCCCUCGAGGACACUCUAGAUUCCAGGCGCGAGUUGACAGAAACCGAAUAUCUUGUCAUGACAUACCGUGUGUUCGGAUUCGUUCUGAGAAGUCGCAAAUGGGCUCAACUAGACCUUACGCUCUUGCGAUACGAGAACUCCAACAACAGAAACUUGACGGUCAACGCCUUCGAGAAGCUCGAGCUACCCGAGGGGCACAGGGAGAUGGUCAAGUCUCUGGUGAUCCAGCAUUUUCGCCACCGGCAAUCUGCUUUCGAGAGAGACGAACAAACGGACUUGAUUCAGGGAAAAGGCAAAGGACUGAUCCUGCUUCUCCAUGGAGCCCCUGGUGUUGGUAAAACCACCACAGCCGAGGGAAUCGCGGAGCUUUUCAGAAAGCCGCUAUUCCAGAUCACCUGCGGAGACCUCGGUACCACUGCGAAAGAGGUUGAGACUGAACUUGAGAAGAACUUUGCGUUGGCGAGUAGAUGGGGAUGCAUUCUGCUUCUGGACGAAGCAGACGUGUUUCUCUCCGCGCGUGAGCGUAUGGAUUUCACUCGUAACGGCUUGGUAGCUGUCUUCCUUCGCGUUUUGGAGUACUAUGCCGGCAUCCUAUUCCUGACGACGAACCGCAUCGGCGACUUUGACGAGGCCUUCGCCUCGAGAAUCCACAUGAGCCUGUACUACCCGGAGCUCGACGAGCAAAAGACGCUCAAGGUCUUCCGGCUGAAUCUGGAGCUCAUCGAGCAGCGCUUCCAGAAGCAGGGCCGCACCAUCCUCUUCGACCCGUCGUCCAUCGAGGACUUUGCGCAGCAGCACUUCCGCGAGCACAAGUACAACCGGUGGAACGGCCGGCAGAUCCGCAACGCGUGCCAGACGGCCCUCGCGCUCGCCGAAUUCGACGCACAGGGCGGCGUGCUCGAGGUCGACGGUGAGGUCGACCGGGACGCGGUCGUCAAGCUGCAACUCAAGUACUUCAGGACGGUUCAGAGGGCCUACCUCGACUUCGGCAAGUACCUCGGGGACAUCCAGGGCACCCAGGGCGACCGCAGGGCGAUCGACUACAAGCUGCGAGCGAGGUCCGACACGCCCUACCAGACGAGGCCGAGUCUGUUCUCGCAGCGGGAGGAGUCGAGGUCUUUCAGGGGGCAUCAUGGGGCUCAGCAGCAUCUCUACGCGCACAGGAACUCGUCGGAAAUGUCGCAAUCCAAUCUUGGCUCGCAACAGGAUCCGUGGCACCAAAGGUAUCGUGACCGUCCAACAACCCCGAAUACGAACAGUGAACAGCAACAAGGCCCGGGGCCAUAUACUCCCCAAAUGGCCAACCCGCAGGCGUACAAAGAUCCCGUUGGAAACACUGGGGGCUAUGAAAUCCCAGCUUCUUUUGGGCAGCCUGGGAGCAGCAGCCAACAUGGCCAGAUGGAGGCUCAGUACCAGCAAGGGAGGCAACAGGGCCAGUCAUACGAGUCACCUCAACCGGGCUUUCAGCCGGGUUAUGGUAGAGAGACCCCUCAACGGUCUGGUGUAGGCUUCAACACCUCCCAAUAUGCUCAUCGUACAGCUCAGCACCAUCAAUCGCCGUACACGUAUGAGAACAGCUCAGGCCAAGAAGGUGCCAUACAAGAUCAUGCUGGAUCAACACAGGAUCCAGGCGCCAACGUGCCCCAUCCCGUCUUUCGGCAUAGUUAA